CGCAUUUGCUGCUGGCGGAUUUGGUGUGCACGUGUGUUUGUUGUUGCCUGUGCUGCUGAGGUGCUUGUCUUUGCGAUCCUUGCUUGUUGGCUCGUGUGCGUGUUGCUGUUCUUUUUGGGAGUUGACGGGCUGUUGGGGUAAGAUGCGACUGCGCAGCAAUCUGAGCACCAGCCCUGGUGCCAACCGUGCGGAGGUGCCACCGAGCACGGCAACACGCAGGCGCACGCGUCGCCGCAGGGAGCUUGAAGAGCAGGAGGAAGGCAGCGAGCAGACGGUGGAGCAAACGCCUGUGAAGGCAACAGCAACCAAGACACCCAAGAAGAGCACUGCGAAGCGGCGCACAGCGACCAAGAAGACCAAGAAGACGCCGAAGAAGACGGAGCAAGAAGCCGAGGCAAGUAGCCAAAACACAGACGGCCAGCAGAAGCAGAAGCAGGAACAGGGUGAUGUUGAUGGUCACAAGGACUCCUCAAACGCGUCUGGGGAGGCGUCGCCGCCGCACACACCGACUCGCACACCCGCAGCCAGGAAACACCCGCCACCACAGACCGCCCGGCGAUCAUCGCGCCGCACCCGCGACGUGCCGGAGGACAACUGGGUGCAGGAGGCGACAUCUUCGCCAGUGCUGAACCGCAAGCAGAACAUGCGUCGCCUGAACUUGGAUGAGGAGGACGACACGGAGGCGAAGGCCCCAACUUCAGAUGACAGCGCUGGCGAGCAGGCGCAGAAGGAAGCAAAGAAGACCAGCAAAACGCCAAAGAAGAAGCAGAAGAAGAAGCAGGAGAAGAAGCAGGAGCAGACACAGAGCAGCGCAACAGCAGCAUCCACACAGUCCAACGUGGAGGCCGCCAAUGACCAGAGCGCAGCACAGAAGAAGGCAGUAAAGACGAAGCAGCAGCCUGCAAAGGAUACAGCCAACAACGGGAGCAGUGCUGGUGCUGUUGAUUAUGUUGAUGACGACGAUGCGCCUGCGGAAGUGAGCCUGGGUGUCAGUCGUGACGCCGUCUUGCAGCGACUCGCAGCAGAGAAGGCCGCCGCAAAGAGGAUUGAUGACCGCCGGAGAGCGCGUGUGCGCGAAGCCCGCGAACGCCGCAAGGCGCAGAAGGCGAAUUCGAAGGAGACGCAGCUGCUUGAUCCCGCCAUGCUCGAGCAGCUGGAGCAGGAGCACGGCCACGAAACCGUGAUCCCGGCGUAUGCUGGGCAGCGCGUGGUGUUUGAUGAUUCAGAGGACGAGGACGAGGACGACGAACGCGCACGCAUGCAGCUACAAGACUUUGAUGAGGACGAGGACGAGGACGAUGAAGACGAUGGCGAGCUGCCCACGAAGAAGACGAAGCGCAAAAACGGCCUUGUGUUCCGGCGCGGCGGCCUCAAAGUUGUGUCGCUGAAGGAGCGCGAGGGCGUGCUUGGGCGCAAGACAAAGCCGUCCACGCUCAAGUUCAUGCGCAAGCAGCGGCUCGGACAGGAACAGCGAAGAUCGCACUUCCGGCGAGCGCGGCGCAUUGGCAGCAUGGCCGCCAACUUUGGCCGCCGCUAACCGACGACUUGAUAAAGGAGGAGGAGGGGAAGGGAACGGGGUGGUGUGGUGAAGAGGAUGGGGAAGAGGGGGCUGAGUGCUUGAGAUUGUUUGUUUGAGGUGCCGGGGCGGGGGUUGUGGUGCGAGCAGAGGACGGUUGAAUUGACAUAGACAGUAAAUCAACGAGCAAAG